AUGAUGGACGACUAUCAAAUCAAGCAUACACCUUGGUACGAGGCCUCAGUCGCCGCCUUCGCUGCUAAAGCUGCCAAGCAAGAUUCAGCGAACCCCGAAGACCCGGAUGCGACCUCAAAUCCGGACAUGGUGGUCGCGGCCCGGCUCCGGCCCAUUUUAGAGGAUGAGGCGUCCGCCGGUCUCAUCCGCGGGGUCUUUACCCGGACCAGUGCGCGCGGUGCCGUAGAUGUUCAUCAGAUCCGAAAGCACGUCAAGCCCCACGGCCCUCCAAGUCUUGUCUCAAGUUCAGUCCGUUUGGAUCGCGCAUAUGGCCCAGAGGAUGCAACUGAGCGAAUCUAUGAAGAGCUGGUUGAACCAUUGGUUCCUUGGGCCUGGAGCGGCGGCGUCAGCACCAUGUUUGCUUAUGGUCAGACCGGUUCCGGCAAGACCUUCACCGUCAGCGCCAUUGAGCGUUUGGUCGCUGAGUCCUUGAUGAGGGAAGAUCUCCAGGGCAAGCGCAAGGUGUAUGCUUGUAUCAUCGAACUGGCGGGGAACCGCGCAUUUGAUCUUCUGAAUUCACGCAGACCAAUCUCCGUUCUUGAGGACUCUUUCGGUGUCACCCAGUUGGCCGGGGCCCUCGAGUUCGAGGUGACCGAAGCGAGUACUCUGCUAAACCUCAUUGAGAAAGCAGCAACAUACCGCCGCACAGCAGCAACUGAGAAGAAUGACGCAUCAUCUCGAUCUCAUGCGAUUUGUCGUAUCCGCAUCGAAAACCCAGUCAUGCCAGCGGCUGAAGAUGGACUUCUCUAUCUGAUCGACCUGGCGGGUUCCGAGGCAGCACGGGAUAGAGCUAAUCACACGGCCGACCGAAUGAAAGAAGCUCGUGAGAUCAACACGAGUCUUUCGGUCCUGAAAGAUUGCAUUCGGGGCAGAGCAACGGUUGAUGCAGCGUCCAUGAAUGGGAAGGUGAAGAAGCCCACGCACAUUCCCUUCCGCCAAAGCUCUCUCACCAAGAUCUUGAAGCAUGUCUUCGAUCCCGCAAGCCGCCGCAGUUGCAAGACAGUGGUCAUAGCAUGCGUGAACCCAAGUCUUCCCGAUGCUUUUGCGGGGAAAAACACGCUCAAGUAUGCCGAGAUGCUCAGAGUACUCUUACCUAAGGCCAAGCCUUCGGUGUAUGACUCCGAAACACCUUUCACCUGGACCAACGAGCAAUUGAGAGAUUGGAUCAAUACUAAUUCCGGUAAUCCUGUGAUCUCGGGCAAGUUGCUGGCCCCUUCAGAGACCGGCGCCCAACUGCUCCGCCUUCCUACGCCAGAGUUCCUCACUCGCUGUCUCAAGACCCCAGAUGUGACGCCCGACCAAGCUCGCGCAUUUCAAUCCAAGUUUUGGCGUAUGCAUAUCGACUCGCAAAAAUCAUCUGCCAAGCUCGCCGACUCUAAGAUUGACGAAGCACCUAAGGCUAAAGCUCAGGACACGGCUUCAAGGAACCAGCGACUGGCAUCUAGUGUUGAUCUCGACCCGGACUCCGCAGAAGUUCCUUUCAAGGAGCGCAUUCGUCCCGGUAUGGUAGUCCGUUGGAGCCCACCGCCUGGCUUCUCCGGUAUCUUGGAAGGGUUGAAUAUGGUGGUUAUUCUUUGCCCUCAGUUGGUGGCUGGGCCCAAUGCACGGGACCUCGAUGGCAACCUGGUGCUUCGUGAAAAUGGUUUCGAAUCUCAGGGACAGAAGUAUCUAUGUGCGAUGGUUCUUCCCGGAUUCAUGGCUGAUUCAUAUGAAAUCAGCAUGUGGCGACAGGUCGUGGUAGGCGUUGACCAAAUGGAGGCGGAGGUAUUGCUCGAGUACGAUUCAGCAACAAGAUACUACCAUGUGACUCUAUAG